CUGUCAAUACAGUCAUAUUUAUGAUAUAAUGUUAUUUAGUAUCACUGUCUUCAAAAACAUUAACAUAGGCUCAGUGUUCGUAAGUUGUAUCACAUUCUGUCGCGUCCACAAGUUGUAUCACUAUCUGUUGCUACUUAAAGACUGGUUAAAGAUACGUCAGUCAAAAUGCCACAAGAAAAUGAAAUGCAACAAUCAAUAGCCCAUUCUUUCGAUACAUUAUGUGCGGCAAUUGAGAAUCGCAUUGGCGGAGGCAACUGGGAUGCGGUGAAAACGUUUGACUUUGAAGACGAAUACAAAGCGCUGCACUUCAUGGAAAGUGAUCGGCAUCCUCUAGUAGAUCUGCUGGGAGGUGGCCCUUGCUUACUGUUAGUGCUGAAGGAUGGGCUGUCUCCGAUCACCUCCAGUCCACGCACCGAAGUUUACACCAGCAAGAAGGGGCGCCACACAUACAACCGCGUCUUGUUUACCUGCAAGCCGGUUUCCUACUCAGUCGGCAG